UAUUUUCACUGUAUCAACAAUAAGUACAAAAAUUACAAAUAUGCAUUGACGUUUGACAAAAAUUACAUAAAGAAUAUACAUGUAUGACGUGCAUAUGAAUAUAUAAGUGGCAAAUGAAUUAUAAUAUUUUACUACUUACACAAAUUUCUAUUAUAACAUAUUUAAUUAAACUUAAUACAGAUAAUACAAUCUAUAGACAACGAGAAAGAAAAAGAAAUAGCAAGAAAUAAACUCUGCAACAGAAUCCUCCUCUUUAAACGUAACAUAAGACACAACGCAGCUGAAAAAUUCCUAUUAGAAGCACUUAGCAAAACAAAAGCCUUUCUUAGACUACAAAAACACAAUAUUGUGAUAACGGACGCGGACAAGGGGAAGAAAACCGUAGCAAUAUACACGGAGAAGAUGAAGAGCAUACCAGAAGACAGAAACAUAUAUAAAACAAUAAAAACUGACCCAACGAACACUCUGCAAAAGAAAAACAAUGUUAUAGUGGACGAUCUCUACAAAAACAAAUACAUAAACCUAAAAGAAAAAUACCAACUCAGCAGCAGUGCAGCUACCGCACCAAGACUUUAUGGAUUGCCAAAUGUUCACAAACCACAAACCCCUUUACGCCCAAUUGCUUCCUCUGUGAAUGUCCCAUGCUACGGAAUGUCCAAAUAUGUUGGAGAAACUUUAAAAACCAUCGUUUCAGAAAAAUACAAUGUUAAAAAUGCAUUUAACCUCAAGGACAAGUUAAAAGAUAUAAGUGUAUGUGAAGAAGAUGUAUUAGUGUCGUUCGAUGUAGUAUCCUUGUUCACAAAUAUACCUACAACGUUAGCAAUUAAAAUCAUACUAAAUAAAUGGGACCAAGUACAAAAGAGGACGAAUAUACCUAAAAAUAAGUUUCACCACAUUUUAGACUUUUGUCUUAAAGACAACAACUAUUUUAUGUACAAUAACAAAUUGUAUACUCAAAGUUUUGGAAUGCCGAUGGACAAUCCUCUUUCGCCAACAAUUGCUGACAUUAUCAUGGACAACCUACUUGACAAUACUAUCGCGGAGCUUAAAAACAAAUACAACAUUGACAUAAAAUUUAUAGCGAAAUAUGUGGACGACAUCUUUGCAAUAAUAAAACUAAACGACGUGAACAAGAUUCUAGACACACUAAACAAAUACCACAACAAACUCCAGUUUACCACAGAAAUGGGAGAAAACGCACGCAUCCCCUUCUUAGACGUCUGUAUUCACAGAGAGAAAAAUAUCCUAUUUUUGGACUGGUACUCCAAACCUACAUCUUCUGGCCGCCUAAUUAACUACUCCUCAUCACAACCCACCAAAUACAAAAUAAACACCGCCAAAAACCUAAUACAUAAUGUACUCACUUUAAGCCACCAACGAUUUCAUGGCGCAAACAUAGACAAAAUAAGAAAAAUACUAAAUACAACCCUUACCCCGACUACCUAAUACGCGAACUCAUACAACGGAAAGUAAUGGAAAUAACCAGCCCUCAAAAUAGAGCAACAUCUACAAAAACAACAGACACGAAAAAACAAUACCACAGCAUAACAUACAUCCCCAAACUAUCCGAAAACCUCGAUCGCGACUUGGCUAGAAAACAAAAUAUCACUCUCGCCAACAAGUCCAAUAACACUUUAUCCACGAUUUACACAAAAACAAAAAGCCCUAUAGACACCAAACAACAGAAUAACGUAGUUUACGAAAUAACAUGUAAAGGCAAAGAAAACGAAGCCUGUAACAAAAUAUAUAUAGGAACAACAAAACGCGCUCUCAGCGUUCGACUAGCAGAACACCAGUAGUGCGAUUCUGUAACUCUUAGCAAUAAAAAAGGUGUUAGGUUACUUAACAUCUUUUGCCGUUUGCACUAACAAUUAUAUGAUUCUCUAACUCUUGCUUAACAGCGAAAAACAGCUGAUUACUUCUUUUUAUUUAAAAUGAUAAAAUGUGGCAUCUCAGUCGAGAGAAAUGUCAAAUAUGCGAAAAGCACAAAGAGGAAUAAGAAAAAAAACUUAUUUCCUUCCCGCGGAAACAGAAUUUUUGCGCGUCAGCUACGUAUUGCAAUUUCAAAAGGUAAUAUUUAAUUAUUUUAGUUUUUAAUCGGAAUUUACUGGAACUUCUUUAAUUUCAGGAUGUCUAGCCAAUCAACAAAGAGGAGCCGUGCAUCGGGGGAGCAGUUAAGCGCGAUGCUUGACUUUCUUGGUGAA